AUGGCAACGGAGAGGAACGUGGGGUCGGGCGGAGUGGAGGAGGAGAGAGGGGCAGUCAUAUCGGAGCCGGUCUUCAAGGUCGACGUCUUCCUGGGGAUAUCCCCCCCUAUUAGACGCCAGCCACUUGCUUCUCCUCUCCCUUUGUCUCGAGUAAAUUCACCAACUUCGAGACAACAUCGUGUGGAACAACUGAGAAAAGAAGAAAGUGUUGAUGAGAGGGUUAGAGAGGUCGAGCAAGAUAGGGAAGUGACAUCACAGAUUCAUCUCAACCAGUCUUGUGUGGAACUUAAAAUUGAUUGUGAUGAUGACAGUAGAGGAGGUGAGAUGAUGAUGGAGACGUUACCAUCAGUUGCCAUAACUACCACACCAUUCCCCUCACCUUCAUCACCAAUUUAUCCUUCAAGAGUGAGGAGCAGAAGCUUGACUCCUACGAGUCCAUCAUCAACAAGAUCAUUCACUUGUAGGCGGAGUUUGAGUCCAGUUCCAAUGAGACCUAGUUCCCUCUGCUUUGAACUCGCUAGGAAAAGAAAACGAAAUCAAGGAGGUGAGUAA